UUUGGCAAAGAUCCUAUCUGACUUAUUUUAGGUAACAGCUCAGCUUGUCCAUGGUUCUGGUCCAAUCAGAUGCUUCCGGGGUUGAGAGGUGGAGCAGGAGGUAAUUAAUAAAAUCCUCCUAUUUGUUGGACUUUUUUCAGCUAAGCUGGAGAAAAGCUUAACACCACCAGCAUGGUUGAGUGGACAGAUGCUGAACGCAACGCUAUCACGUUCCUGUGGGAAAAGAUUGACGUGGGUGAAAUUGGACCCCAGGCCCUGAGCAGGCUUCUGAUUGUGUAUCCCUGGACUAAGAGACACUUCCAAGCCUUUGGAAACCUGUCCACUAGCGCCGCCAUUAAGGGAAACCCCAAAGUGGCCCAGCACGGAAAGACCGUGAUGGGUGGUCUGGAAAAUGCUGUGAAGAACAUGGACAACAUCAAGCAGGCCUACGCCAGCCUGAGCGUUAUGCACUCCGAGAAGCUCCAUGUGGAUCCUGAUAACUUCAGGGCGCUUGCUGAGUGCAUCAGCCUGUGUGUGGCAGCUAAGUUUGGUCCCACUGUCUUCACUGCUGAGGCCCAGGAAGCCUGGCAGAAGUUUCUGGCCGUGGUCGUUUCUGCGCUGGGUAGACAGUACCACUAAGGAGCAGUUCACCAAAUAUGUACAACAGCCAUACAAGUUCCGGCUGAACUUGAUCCAUUCUGAAAUUGUCACUUUUAGGGGGCCAAGUUUGGACCUGAAGUCUCCACCGCUGAUCUCCAGAUGGCCCGGCAGAUAUUUCUGGCUGUGGUCGUCUGCACCUUUGGACAGUAACACUGGAAUCAAAGUUUCCAUUCGUAACAAAAUGAUGUGCAGUAGUAUUUCUACAUUUUUUCAGUGCACUGCUGUGAAGCUGUUGCAUGCAACAAAUAAAAUUAGAAUUAAAUACAUCUCUUCAAAUA